AUGAUUUGUGAGGUUCGAGCUCCAGUCUUUGAGUCAGUCUUCAAGAAUUCAAGGAUGCAGCCAAGUGGUGGGCACCAGCAGCCCGAAUUUAACUACGAGUACAGCAACCAGUACAGCCAGCAAACCGGUGGGGGCGACCGCCUGCCGGCCCCGAGUAUGCGGCCGACGCUCGAGGCCCCUGCCAACUACCAGCAGUCGCAGCUACCACAGCAGUUCACACCGCAGCAAACGUAUUACCAGCCUAACCGUACGCCCGUCGCCAUCUCCCAGUUCCCCUAUGCCGAAUCUCCGAUGGAACACAAGCCCAUCGCGGCUUACCAACAGCCUACGGACUACCGCAUUCAAACCGCGUCUGAGGUCCGUACAGGGCCCCCCAUGCCAAUGGAACGCAUGUGCGAUGUAUGUCAGUACCCAGACCCUGUUCUCGUAGCUCCGAAUUGUAAUCACACCUUUCAUUCGCGCUGCGUUCACGUGUGGCCGAUGGACGCUUGUCCGGCCUGCGCGGCUCCUCUAGAUCAGGUGGCGAUCUUACCGUCCAUUAACAUGAUGAUGCCACUCGAACCACGCAGUGGUAAGUGGACUCGUCCCGAGGAGAAGUUCAUUGAUGGCAUUCUCCGUGAGUUCGACCGACAGGCGUUGCCGCUGGCACACGGUACACCCAUUCGACUGGUGCUAGCCAAAAUGCUUAACUGUUCGACUAUGCGAUUGUCCAAGAAGUUCCAGAAGAAUGCGCUGGGUAAACGAACAUUUAGGGUGACAAAGCCCGGUAAGGGCGAUAAGGCGCUGCAAUUCGACCCAAUGGACCACGCGCGGAGACAGCGCGAGCUUUCCAACUUGGAGCAGAUCUUCCGACAGGAGCUGGUGGACCAAUUCCGACGUGAGAACAACACGGAUGAUGGCGCUUUAGUCGAGACACAGAAUUUGCGUCUCGCGGUUCAGCAGUUUUGGGUGAGCAACUUUUUGAAAUUCGCGGUGCUAGUCGGCCAGCCCGUUAUGGGGCUGGAUAUGUCCGAUGCCAAGAAACGCAAACGCGCGAUGCAACUACUCCGUAAUGGACAAUUCGAUGAGCUAUUGGCAUGGAACCACCAUCCGUCUCCAGCGAACACGGCCAGUAUUACGCCAAUGCCCUCCACCACCACGCCUUUGUAUUCUUCCUCUAUGCUGGGCCAAAACCAGCAGGAGACUGGACCGUCUAUUCCAGCACUUCUACAGCACCCCGAGCAGCAGCCGCUGCGUCCCGUGAAGAAGAUGCGCACGCCGGAGGCGAACGCGGAAGUGAACCGCUUUGGCCUCCAACCUCCGCCGAUGGACCAUUCUCAGUACCCACAAUUCGGCCGCCUCUCGCCGCCGGCGUCAUCAAGCUCCGCUUUUGAUUACAGCCAGCAGCAACAACAGUACUCGUCUGAGCCGUAUCUGCGUCCAUCGAAUUUUUCCGUCAAGUCGGACAAAUCAGGAAUGGGAUAUGCCAACGUGCUGCAACAUCAGCAACAGCAGCAACUGCAAAUGAUCCCAGGCCUCGCAGCCCAUGAAGGCGCCGGUCAGGAGCAAAGGGGUGGAUUUACGCCAGCAGCCUUUCCACGAGCCAGUGAGCCUUAUCACGCCAGUGCCUCGAGCCAGGCAGCGCCGUGGGACGAUCUCUUGGAGAAUAUGUCUUCCGAGGCAAAAGCUGCAUCAACUAGCCAGGCCCAGAGCGGCGGUACCAACGUGCAGUCCUGGCCCAACAUGCACAUGAUUGAACGGCGCGAAAGAAAGCGCCGCUAG